AUGACAAUUGCAAAGCACUGGAAAUACAACAACAACGAGGAUAUUGUAUUGACCCAACUUAAAGGAUUAGUAGCUUCCAAUCCCUAUGUUGGGCUUAUAACUGAUGAGAAAGUCGUUUUCAAUCCACAUUCCGAUACAUCGAAGAAAAUUACCGUUAUUAGUGGCGGUGGUGCUGGCCACGAACCAUUGCACGGCGGAUACGUGGGGGAAAACUUAUUAGAUGCAGCUGUGAGUGGACAUAUAUUCGCAUCGCCAUCAACUAAACAAAUUAUGGCUGCUAUAAAGAAAAAGUCAAAUAAAGACAAGGGGACCAUUAUAGUUGUGAAAAACUAUACUGGCGAUGUUUUACAUUUUGGGUUGGUGGCAGAGAGAGCAAAGAGCGAAGGGUACAAAGUAGAAUUGGUGGCUGUUAGUGACGAUGUUGCAGUUGGAAGAGAGCAAAACAAGAUGGUUGGAAGAAGAGGCUUAGCAGGAACUGCCGUGGUCCACAAAGUUUUGGGGGCAGCAUCAACAGAGGAGAAAGCUGAUUUGGAAACAGUGGCUAACUUGGGCCAUGCAGUGAAUGACAAUUUAGUAACUUUGGCUGCAAGUUUGGACCGUACUUCCGUUCCCGGUAAAGCUGAGCAAGAUAUCGAGUUCAAUGCAAGUGAUGAGGUUGAAUUGGGUUUGGGAAUCCACAAUGAACCUGGAACAAAGAUCAAGCCUAUUCCUAAAUUGGAUGAUUUGAUCAAAGACAUGCUUCAUAAAUUGUUAUCGCCAGAAGAUAAAGAUCGUCAUUAUGUCGAAUUCGAUUCAGAUGAUGACUUUGUUCUUCUCGUGAACAACAUUGGUGGUACAUCCUCAUUCGAGUUGUACGCUAUCACUGAGCAUGUAUUGCAAAACAUACCAUUGAAGAAGAAGCCAAAGAGGAUUUUGGUGAGCGAUUUUGUCACUUCAUUCAACUCCCCAGGGUUUUCAAUUACAUUAUUAAAUUUGAGCAACAUUGACAAGAAAAAGCUUACUUAUUCGGCUGAGGAUGUCUUGAGGCUUUUGGAUACCCCUACAAAUGCACCAGGUUGGAAACCUAAAUCGUAUGCCUCAAAGUAUUGGGAUGAUCAACCGAAUAGAUUUGUUGAGUCACCAAUGAAACAUCAGAAAUUGUUGACCUCUAAGCUAUCGGUCGAUGCAAAAUUUUUUGAAGAACAUUUAAAGAAUAGUUUGGAGAAGCUAUUGAAAGAAGAGCCAAAAAUAACUCACUACGACACAUUGGUUGGAGAUGGGGAUUGUGGUGAGACUUUGGCAGCUGGUGCCAAUGCAAUUCUCAAAGCACUCAAGGACGAUUCACAAUUCAAAGAGCAUUUGUCGGAUCCAGUUGCUUCACUUUCGCAAAUCACAGAGUUUGUAGAAGAUAGUAUGGGUGGAACAUCAGGCGGCAUUUACUCCAUUUUCCUAACCGCAUUGGUUCAACAUUUAAAAAAUGCUGAGAAAGUUGAUAUUGACACUGUUGCUGACGCUUUUUAUAAAGCAUUACAUGAUGGAUUAUUCAAGUACACAAAGGCUAGAGUUGGUGGAAGAACGUUGGUUGAUACUUUGCAACCAUUUGUUGAUACAUUUCAAAAGACAAAGGACUUACUGAAAGCUGUAGAAGCUGCUCGUAAAGGGUGCGAAGAGACUAAGAAUUUAGAAGCCUCAUUUGGUAGAGCUAGUUAUGUUGACAAGAAGGAAUUUGAGGCUGAGGGUGGAAUUCCUGAUCCUGGCGCUGUUGGAUUACUUGCUUUGAUAGAAGGAUUUACCAAAUAG